CAACAACCAGAAGAUUCUCUCAAACCACCAAAAAACAAAAAUGUCCAUUCUCAAGAAAUCUACAAAACUGGCUCAAACAGCAAUGCUUAGGCAGAUUCUGAAGAGAUGUUCAAGCUUGGGGAAGAAGAAUGGAGGAGGAGGAUAUGAAGAAGUUGAUCUCCCACUUGAUGUACCCAAGGGACACUUCCCUGUCUACGUAGGACACAACAGAAGCAGAUACAUAGUUCCUAUCUCUUUCUUGACCAAUCUUGACUUCCAAUGUCUCCUUAGAAGAGCUGAGGAAGAGUUUGGUUUUGAUCAUGACAUGGGUCUCACCAUUCCUUGUGAUGAACUCUUCUUUCAAGAUCUGACUUCCAUGAUCCGAUGAGAUCUCAACAGUUUGAAUAAUCAAACUGAGAAGACGAGGAAGAAGAAGACGUAAGCUAAAGGAGAUUGAGAUCGAGAUGGUUAAAGAUGAAUUAGUAUUUUAAGUAGAGGUGAAGCUUGAGUCUAUGUUAUUGGAGUUCUAAAGCUUUCCAGGGUCAGGUGAGUAGAUUGAGAAGAUAUUGGAUCUCUGUGGGAACGGGAAGUGGUUGAUGUUUGAUCACAAUCACUGUACUCUUCAAGCUUCUCAUCAAUCAACACAGAGUCUGAUAACUUCUCCUUAAAACCAUCCCCCUCCAUUUGUUCCUCCCUGAGUUUCUCUGGUUCAUCCUUUGGAAUCUCUACUCAUAAUAGCUCACACAACAACGACAAAUACUACCGAGGAAGUCGACUUGACAAAGAACGAACCAGAAGAAAAUGAAGAGGAGUGGUUGUGUCCAUACCUUUUUCAAAAACACAUUUAGUUGUAUCCAUCAACUUAUUAUACGUACGGAGUAAUAUUCUAUACCAUUAAUAAAUCUUUACAAACU